AUGCGCUCCAUAUUCUAUUCUCUCCUGUCGCUGGCGACUAUUGCAUCCACUCUUGCAGCAAAGACGCCAACCCCCAAGAAGGCAGAUGCAGACGAUGACUGGGACGACAAGGAACCCGAUACCAUCUUCAAUGGCCAGACAGUACCGCCCAUGGCACAGCUCACGAUAAAGGACUUGGAUAAGAGUAUCAGCCAUGGAAACUGGAUCGUGGAGUUUUACUCCCCAUUCUGCCCGCACUGCAUGCACUUCAAGCCUACAUACCAGACAGCAUACGAGUUCUACUACACGUCGAAGCCCCUAGCCUCCAAGGGCGACAUCGAAGGCGACUCCCUCAACUCGUUCACGCGAUACUACGAUUUCAAGUUUGCAAAGGUCGACUGUGUAGCCUUUGCGGACGUGUGCAAGGCGCAUGAUAUCGCCAACUUCCCUACCAUGGUAUACUUUGUGGACGGAAAAGAGACGGAAAGGGAAAAGGGGGCAAAAAGCAUGGAAGAAAUGAGCAAGUGGGUCGAGGGGCUUUUAGAGUCGAUCCGACCUGGCUCGCGCAAGGAGGGAGGCCCAAAACUUCCCAAGGCUGGGGAUAAAUCUGUCGAGGUUGGCCCAGAGACUGAACAAGCAGUCAAGGAGAAAGAGAGCGGUGCCAAGACAGAUAAGGCUGAAGUCAAGCCGACAUCCAGCGCAAUAUCCAGCACAACGCUCAAGAGUGUGCCAUCCAAGGCGGUAGCCAAGCCCACGCCUGCGAAGCCCAUGUCGUCUGCGAACCCAUCUGGCAUCGUAGAAGCGCUUACCGCCGAGAAAUUCCAAAAGGUCGUCACCAACACGCUUGAUCCUUGGUUCAUCAAGUUCUACGCGCCAUGGUGCCAUCAUUGCCAGGAUCUAGCACCAACCUGGUCGAACAUGGCUCGUCAUAUGCAAGGAAAGCUCAACGUGGGAGAGGUCAACUGCGACGUCGAGAAGAGGCUUUGCAAGGAUGCAGGCGUCAAGGGGUAUCCCACAAUGCUGUUUUUCCGCGGCGGUGAGCGCAUCGAGUACCACGGCUUGCGAGGACUUGGUGACCUGCUCGACUAUGCUGACAAGGCAACCGAGAUCGGCUCAGGCGUACCUGAGGUGGAUCUUGCGAGUUUCAAGAAAAUGGAAGAGACAGAAGAAGUUAUUUUUGUCUACUUCUACGACGUUGCGACCACGUCUGAGGAUUUCCAGGCGCUGGAACGGUUGACCCUCAGCAUGGUCGGCCACGCCAAAUUGGUCAAGACGGACGACAAAGCCAUGUCCGAGCGCUUCAAGAUCUCAACCUGGCCCCGAUUGAUGGUGGCGCGGGACGGAAAGCCUACAUACUACCCACCUAUCACUCCCAACGAGAUGCGCGACUCCAAAAAGGUGCUCACCUGGAUGAAGUCCGUCUGGCUGCCCAUUGUUCCUGAGAUGACAUCUUCCAACGCGCAUGAGAUCAUGGCCGGCAAACUUGUCGUGCUAGGUAUCCUAAGUAGAGAUCGAUCUGACGAAUUCAUUCUCUCCAAGCGAGAGAUGAAGAGCGCGGCGCUUGAAUGGAUCGAGAGACAAGACAACAUGUUCCAACUUGAACGACAAGAACUGCGCGACGCAAAGCAGUUGCGUAUUGAAGAGGCAGAAGACAAGGAUGAUGAGAGAUCACUCAGGAACGCAAAGAGUAUUCGCAUCGACAUGAAUGAGAUUGAGCGUAGGCAGGUUGGAUUUGCCUGGGUCGAUGGCGUUUUCUGGGAACGCUGGGUAAGGACCACGUAUGGCGUUGAUGUGAAGGACGGCGAGAAGGUCAUCAUCAAUGAUGAAGAUAACCGCCGCUACUGGGACGUCACCAUAUCCGGCGAACCCAUCCGCCCAAGUCGAUCCUCCAUCCUCGAAACCAUCAACAAAGUCACUGCCAACCCGCCCAAGAUCCCUUCCAAAUCGACGGCAGGCACCUUCCAGAGCUUCUACUUGUCCGUCCGCCGUUUCUGCGGCGGUCAUCCGAUCGUGGCCGUGGGUAUGAUGAUUGUAUUUAUCGUGGCUGCGACCUUGUUCGGCAGGUCGAGGACAAGGAGGAGGGUGUUUGGUAAUACCGGAGCUUUCUUCCAAGUAGGAGAAAAGGAAGGGUUGUUGGGCGUGAGCAACAAUGGGCUCUCGAAACACGACUAA